AUGUGCCCUCGAACUGCUGGGAAAGGUGGUUGGCUCAAAAAGGAGGAAACUAGUACAAUCUACACUCAUUAUCAGAAGAGUGUGAUAGUCAAUGCAGAUGCUGGUAAUUACAGGAGAAAGAUCAUAGCAUUUGUUGGAGGCCUCGAUUUAUGCAAGGGAAGAUAUGUUGCACCAAAACAUCAAAUUUUCAGCACAUUACAAACUGUUCACAAGGAUGACUAUCAUAAUCAUAAUUUUAUAAGUCUCUGUUUAUCUGGUAUUCAACCGGGGGAUUUUGGGCUUGAUCUUCUAUGGAGAAACUGUAAGAACAUCAAGAAACUUCAGCUGAAGUGCUGUGAGAGUCUACGAGAUUACGCCACCUUCUCGGGUUUCAUUAUGCGUCAAAAGGGUCUUCGAGAAGUGGAAUAUUGCGAACUUGUAGGAGUAUUGUUGAUGGGGUUUUGA